ACCUUGGUUCGCUAGGUUGUCGUUACCAUGGGUUUGGUGGAGAGCGCGUUGGGUACUACUAGCAUGUGAUCUUGGUCUCGAGCGCAUGGCCCAAGAAGGCAGCGAUGGCAGCUCGAAGGGGCGAGCCUGAGAGGAAGACAGGGGCAAGAAGAUGUAGGGGAGGAGGGCUCGGCCGCCGUGCCCGACGAAGAUGGCCACCACCGACGGAGGCAGCGGGUCCCGGACCGCCGCCCCACGAGACGAGACGAAGAGGGCCGGGAACGGAGGAGGCAGAUCCCUGCUGGUCCGCGGAGCCCGGAGCGCAGUUUGCCGCGCUGAAUAGGGGCGGCCGGGCGGCGGGCGGGGAGGUGGCGAGCGCCGAGCGGCGGCGGUGGAGGUGGCGAGGAGGCGCAGAAGGUUCAGAGCGGAUCCGAUUCGCAAAAGAAUAAAAAAAAAUCAGUGCCGAUCCGACGGACGGGGUCAACCGCGAGCCGAUCCGACGGACGAGACGUGGUCGCGUGAUAGGCCACGCCCACGGGAGCCCGUGAUAGCCCCCGCUUAAAACCCCGAGUCCCGUGCCAGUGCCACACACAGACGCGCACGCGUGGGCAAAACGCUAGCCUGAGUCCUGACCAUGGUGGCGGUGGCGGCGGCGGAGGCUGGAGGCGACUGGCAGGAGUGCCCGGUGAAGGAAGCGGUGCACGUGGAAGAGGGAGCGCUGGAGCUGACGUGGGCUUUCGACGUGUUCGAUGUGGGGCCUUUCGACAUGUUCUAUGAGGCGCCUUCCUGCGUGUUCUAUGAGGCGCCUUCCUGCGUGUUCUAUACUUGUGCACCCUCUGAAUUGAGGACUGACACCAAGUACAAUGCAAGGACUGGCAACAAGUUGUCGCCACUAGUGGUUCGCAACGGCGAACUGUUUGGUGCCAGAGAGAUGAACAUGAGUGAGGGCGGGCCUUGGCUGUCCCCGCGGACUGAUCCACCGACUAACGUCAAGUUCUAAGCCACACAUGUGGUUUGAAUUUGGCUCUAACCUGUUUGAGAAACAAGAUUUUGUAUGGUUUGUGUGUACUCCCCUGUACAGUUCUGUUCAGAUACAAAAGUCAUACCCAAUAAAUGUUGCCUCUUCCUGCUGAUCGGGGAGGCAAAUAAGGUCCGCUUCUUCA